AUGGCCAGAACCAAGCAAACCGCUCGCAAAUCCACCGGUGGCAAAGCACCCAGGAAGCAGCUCGCCACCAAGGCUGCGCGCAAGAGCGCCCCGGCCACCGGCGGCGUGAAGAAGCCUCACCGUUACAGGCCCGGCACCGUGGCUCUGAGAGAGAUCCGUCGUUACCAGAAGUCCACUGAGCUGCUGAUCCGCAAACUGCCCUUCCAGCGCCUGGUGAGAGAAAUUGCCCAGGACUUCAAGACCGACCUGCGCUUCCAGAGUUCCGCCGUGAUGGCCCUGCAGGAGGCUAGCGAGGCUUACCUGGUCGGCCUGUUCGAGGACACCAACCUGUGCGCCAUCCACGCCAAGAGGGUGACCAUCAUGCCCAAGGACAUCCAGCUGGCCCGUCGUAUUCGCGGAGAGCGCGCUUAA